CAUUUUACCAGGCAUACCUCUUUAUGGCAGAAUCAUGAGCAAUCACAAGACAGAGGUAAAGAUAGUAGUUACUUCAUCAGAAGUUAAGGAUGGAGGAGGAAAACCAGUAAAUAUGACUGGAAUCAAACAUUUUGUCCAAAAAGUAACAUCAACCACAAGAGGAAAUGAGUCUGAAACUUCUCACAUCAUGAGGACCCCAAAUUCUAGAACUGUUGCACCCACAACGCGCACACCUCUAUCCACUCCUCGCACAACAUGUGGGCUAGGUGUCACUUCAAAAUCUUCUGUCCAUGCCUCAGAUAACAUGACUGGAACCCCACAACAACAUGCAACUCCAACAUUUGCUUCAAGAACUGGCACUCCAAAAUCAGUACGGACACCAUUACCGUCUGGCAGUUCAAGAACUCCAGCAACAAAUCCUUCAAGACUUGGUCCACCAGGUGUGCCAGUGCCUAAAAGAUUAAAGAAGGGCGAUGAAAGUUAUAAGCCUGAAUUUGUUAGCCAUUCUGAAGGACAUCGAAGAACUAAAACUAUCAAGAGCCUUGAUUCGGACAGAAGAGAGGAUGAGAAUAAGCGUAAAGAGCAUGCUGGAGUGCGAAGGGUCUUGUCCUCCUCUACUGUUAAUGUUCCUGUGCCACUAAGAGUAUCAGGUGAUCGUUUAUCUUUUGAAGUUAAAAGUCCUCUUCCUUCUAGAGCAUCUCUUGGCAGGCCAUCAUCAGCUUCUAAAUCUUCAGUUGGGUUAAGUACACCAACAACACAAUUGAAGAGACGGUCCAGUGUUAAGCUUAGCAAGUCAUCAAAACUCUUUAAUGAUUAUAUACAAACGCCCUCAGGUUGUAGCGCCUUAACCCCUGAUGUGAUUCGAUCUUGCAAUACGGAUUUAUCUGUCAGUCCCAGUGCAGAAAGUUACAUAGGGAGAGCAGAGUCCACAGCAGUGUCUGUUGGCGUUAGAGUUCGUCCCCUUAGUAGUAGAGAGCAGACAGCAUCAGAGUUGAACAUCUUUGAUGUCUUUGGAAACACACUGAAGAUUCAGAGUGAUACCGGAUCCAGUUAUACGUUUAACUAUGACCAUUGCUUUUGGUCGUGCAGUGAAAACCAUCCCCAAUAUGCAUCCCAGGAAGAUGUUUAUACAACAAUAGCACAGCCUUUACUGGAAAAGGCAUACGAAGGAUAUAAUGUAUGUUUGUUUGCUUAUGGGCAGACUGGAUCUGGUAAAAGUUACACGAUGUUAGGAGAUAGUGCCCUCGAUGAACCUGACAUGCCAAUACCUUCAUCAGUGGGCAUCAUACCUAGGUUUUGCUGGGAAUUGUUUGACCGUGCCAAGCACACUCACUCUAGGAAUCCACCCAAAGAUCAGUUGCCCCAGUGCCUUGUGGAGAUUGAAAUCAGCUACUUUGAAAUAUACAAUGAACGGAUAUACGACUUGUUGAGUGCUGGUGGAAACAGGGCCUUAGCUGGGGAUCAUCGUGAAGCUCUGAGGGUGAGGGAACACCCUGAAAGUGGUCCCUAUGUUGAAGGCGUAGCAUGUCAUACGGUGUCUUCAUAUGAUGACCUCCAGACAUGGAUGUUGUUGGGGAAUAAGGAACGUUCCAUUGCAGCCACAGGGAUGAAUGACAAAUCUUCCCGUUCCCAUGCUGUGUUCACAAUCAAAUUAACUCAGACAAUGGUGGAAGAUGUUGAGGGCGAGCAACUGGAAAGCAGCAAGGCAAGUGUCAUCAACCUAGUGGAUCUUGCUGGCAGUGAGAGAUUGGCAGCAUCACAGUCUCAGGGAGACCGUUUGAAGGAAGGAGUGUGUAUAAACAAGUCCCUGCUAACUCUUGGGAAAGUGAUAACAGCCUUGGCCGAGAGUGCCGGACGACGACGAACUUUUAUUCCAUACAGGGAGUCAGUUCUUACUUACUUGCUGAAGGAAUCACUCGGUGGAAACUCACGCACAGCCAUGAUAGCGACAAUAUCUCCUUGUAAAAGCCACUUAGACGAGUCCCUGUCUACUCUUCGUUAUGCCCAACAGGCCAGAAAAAUUGUGAACCAUAAUUAUGUUAAUGAGGACCCUACAGCAAUGCUCAUCAGGUCUCUGAAGGAGGAAGUAGAACGCCUGAGACGCCAGCAGCUGCUCAAGAGCCCUUCGAUGCUUUUUGAUUCCGAGUUGGUAGAAUGUGGCAAUAAAUCAGAAACAGAUGAUGGGGUAGAUGAAGAGAAGGAGAAAGCUCUACUUGAGAAAGAGAAUAAAAUAAGAGAGAAGGAACAAGAGAAGAAUCAAGCAAUAAAAGAAAAAGAGGCAGAAAUAGCUUUAUUGAGAGAACAGCUUCGAUCACAGCAACUUUUGAGCGAGCGAAAUAGGAACUUGGAACAGCGCCUCAGAGAGAAUGAAGCCCGUCAGCAAGAAGUUCUAGAAUACCAGCUUCUUCAAGGGAUAUCAGGCAAGGAUGAUAAAGGACCCCAGUUGGUUAACUUGUGUGAAGAUCCACAGUUAUCAGAAACUCUGUCAUACAACCUCAAAGAUGGAGUGACAACCAUAGGCCAGUCUCUUUGUGACCUUAUGCUUAGAGGUCUUCACGGUGAAGAUAUCCAUUGUACUAUUGUAAAGGAGGGCGAAAGACUAACUCUUCAUCCAAGAAUUGACAGUGAAACCUAUGUCAAUGGGCAACUAAUAAUGUCACCUGUACAAUUAAAGCAUGGAGACAGAGUAAUAUUAGCUGGCAUUUAUUACUUUAGACUGAAUGACCCAAAGCCUGGAAUGAAUUCUGAAGAGCAGACUUUAAGUAGUAUGGAUUUCAUUACAUCACAGGAAGAGUUGCUCAGAGAGCAGGAAAAAAGAUUAAAAGGAGAAGCUGAUAAAGCCCUAGCUGCAAGUAAAGCUGAGCUCAAGAUGGAGAUGUGCCUGCAGCGUGACAAGUUGUUGCAGGAUAUAUAUGAAGCUUCCAGUAAAUUGAUAGUGAAUAGAGCAUUCCAGCUUAUCAUCGUAGUCAUCAUGGGGGGUGGUAUUGCAUCUCUUAGGGUGUCCAGUGUCUUGGAGGUCAGUGAAGAUGUGGAGGAGUUGGCAGAGAAGCACAAUGCAGCACUUACCAUAGUAGAACUUCAGGACCUUCUGAAGAAGAACCAAACAGACAGUGGAGGAGGGAAAGGAGUAUGCCCUUAG